AUGCCAAAGCUCUUCAUCACAGGUGCCACCGGCUACAUCGGAGGUGAUGCCCUCUAUGCAGUUGCAAAUGCCUACCCAGACCUGGAGAUCACUGCACUUGUUCGCAACAGCGACAAAGGAGCCAAGGUUGCCGCACAAUAUCCAAAGACUCGACUUGUGUACGGUACGCUUGACAGCACCGAGUUGCUCACCACCGAGACUUCAAAUGCAGACAUUGUUCUUCAUUGCGCCGACUGCGAUCACGUAGCCGCUGCAAAUGCUAUCGUUGCCGGACUUGCUCGAAGUGGAAGAAAGACAUACCUCAUUCACACCUCUGGAACUGGUGUCUUGUCUUAUCCGGACAUUGAGAACAACACCUUUGGUAUCAAGCGAGAGAAGACCUUUGAUGAUUGGGACAACAUUGGUGAGGUCACUUCAAUCCCUGAUGUAGCGCUCCACCGCAAUGUCGACAAGAUCAUCCUCGCAUCGAACGAGGCAUCGGCCGGCAAUAUCCAGUCUGCUAUCGUCUGCCCACCGUGUAUUAAUGGCCCAGGACGUGGUCCCGACAACCAAAGGAGUGUGCAGAUAUAUGAUAUGGCCAAGGUAGCACUGAAGCGUAUGAAAGCUUUCGCUGUUGGUGAUGGCGACAACAUUUGGACUCAGGUUCACGUCCAAGACCUCAGCGAAGUCUUCCUGGCACUGGUAACGGCUGCUCUCUCACCAGAUGGUGGAAAAGCGACCUGGAACAAGGAAGGGUAUUAUUUCGCCGAGAGCGGAGAGUUCCGCUGGGGUGAUAUCAGCAGCAAGAUCUCUGAGGUCGCAUUUAAGAACAAGCUCAUCAACCAUGAAGGCGUCGACAACGUGAGCAAGGAGGAGGCUGACGAGUUGAGGCCAGCGGGCAGCUACCUUUGGGGCACCAACUCUCGCUGCAAGGCCAUUCGAGCCAACAAGCUGUUCGGUUGGACCCCUAAGCAGAAGAGUGUGUUCGAUCUGAUGCCAGAGAUCCUCGAUGCUGAAGCGAAGGCGCUUGGUCGUACUAGGACACAUGCUGAGGAAGCUGCUGAGGGGCGCAUCUUGAAGUAG